GUCGAUCCGCUGGAGGCUGACAAAGAUGCUAACGGAUCGAGCCCGGAAAUCGCUGCUUCCUUUGAAGUUACCAGAAGGAUUUCAGAGCAAAGUGGUUGCACCUCGCAAUGCAAAGUUGGUUACAGAAGAAAAGAAGGAUGUUCUGCUGACACCCUCAGCUUUUCUGGAAGAGAUGUCUCUCACAACGGAACAAAGGCUAGCAAGCACCCAUGAAGUACACUUGCCUCGCAUUAUUCAGCUUUUGGACAUGAGUGAAACCUCACACCAGAAAUUCUCCUCAGUUGAUCUGGACCGGACUCUGUUUCAACCGUUCCCAUCAGAAGUGGUUUUUCAAAACUAUGCCCCCUGUGAGCUCUACGAAGUACCACUGGUCCUGAGGAACAAUGACAAGAUCCCACGGCUGGUGAAGGUUGUUUGUGAGAGUUCACCUUACUUCAGAGUCAUCAGCCCCAAUGAUGUGUGCAACAAAGUCGCACCCGGCAUGCCAUCCACAUUCCGCAUUCUCUUCACUCCUGAGGAGAACAAGGAUUAUUUCCAUGAAUUAACUUGCAUUACUGAGAGAGAAAAAUUCAUUGUCCCAAUCCGAGCAAUUGGUGCCAGAGGCAUUUUGGAUUUCCCAGACCAACUGAAUUUCUCCACAUGUCCCGUCAAGUACAUUACACAGAAAACCCUGCUUGUUCGGAACAUUGGCAACCGAGAGGCCUACUACCAGAUUACCACCCAGAGACCAUUUUCUGUCAAACCCUCCAUUGGGACUCUUGGAGUAAAUGAAACCACACAAUUCACUAUUGACUUUUAUCCAGAAAAAAGUGGCAACCACUCUAAAGACCUUGUUAUACAUUAUGAUACAGGAGAAGACAUUCAUGUCAGUUUGUAUGGAGCUGCUACAGAUGUCAACGUGAGACUUGAUAAGAACUCCUUGACAAUCGAGAAGACUUAUGUCACUUUAGCAAACCAGAGGUCUGUGGUCAUACACAAUCACAGUGAUAUCAUUGCACAUUUUCAGUGGAAAGUGUUUGCAACACAAGAAAAGGACGAAGAGAAAAAACAGACGAUGUGUCAAACCCUGCAGGCUGAACAAAAUAGUGUGCUUGAUCAGCUUCUGAUGGAAUGCAACAUGAAUCCAGCACUUCGUGAGCAUCUCUCCAUUGUCACCCGUACUUUUGAGAACCGACGGGCAACUGUCCAUGAAGAUGCAAUGCUCUUCAACAAUAAAGUCUUCUCCAUUGAGCCUCUGGAGGGAGAUGUUUGGCCCAAUUCUACAACUGAAAUCAGAGUGAUGUUCAGGCCGCAAGAAGCCGGGAUGUAUCUUCAGACGGUCUACUGUGAUAUUACCGGCCGAGAGACCAGACUUCCUCUGCGUAUCAAGGGAGAGGCAAUAGGCCCCAAGCUACUUUUCAACUUUGAUCAGCUGGACGUUGGGAAAAUUUUUGUGGGAUCAUCUCACAGUUAUGAGGCUAUCUUAUCUAACCAAGGAGCUAUUGAUGCCCUCUUCCACCUGAUAUGGCCCUCCACUGUGCUGGGUGCCUGCUUUGCCUUUCAACCCAGAGAAGGAAUCAUUGAGCCGGGUGGCUAUCAGGCCAUUCACAUUUCCUUCAGCUCCACUGUCCUGGGCCCCUUCUCGGAAGAGUUCAAGUUCCACGUAAAUGGAUCUCCCCAGCCUGUGACCUUAGUGAUUCGGGGCUGUGUCAUUGGACCAACUUUUCAUUUCAGUGUCCCAUCUCUCAAUUUUGGGGAUGUCUCCUUCGGUUUCCCUCAAACCCUGUCCUGCCGCCUCAGCAACACUUCACUGGUGCCCAUGACUUUCAGCCUGCAUGUCCCAGGAGAUGGUAAUGGAGAGCCAAGUAUUAGGAGUCGGGAUCAAGCCACUGACAUCUCAAGGCCAAUGUGGAGAAAGGCAUGGUUUGCAUCUGCAAAGCCCAAGGAAUUUACCAUCUCUCCCAGCUACGGUACCAUCCGCUCACAAGGAUUUUUGGACAUUGAGGUGACCUUAUGCUCAAACACAGUGAAGACCUAUGAAACUGCCCUGGUAGUGGAUGUCAAGGGUAGUGGUGAGGAUGUGCUGGCCCUCCCAAUUUCAGCAAGAUGUCUCUCACUUCCACUACAUGUGGCUAGCCCCACUGUGAAUUUUGGACGUUGUUUCCUGAAAUUUCAGUAUCAACAAAUGGCAAAACUUGUUAAUGAAGCUGACCUUCCAGGGUGCUAUGGUGUUCUUCCCCAGGAAUAUAAGAACUCUCCCACCAUUUUGUAUUCAAGUCCAGCACCUUGUGGUAUUAUUCCACCGCAUGCCACAGUUGAAAUCCCAUUAGCUUUGGAAGUCGAGGAAAAAGGUCACCAGGAAACAGUGGCCUACAUAGCUAUCUUUGGGAACGAGGACAUUCCCCUGAAAAUCCAACUGGUGGCUUUUGGAGAAGGUCCUGUUGUUUAUGUGCAUCCAUCUAAGAUAGAUUUUGGCUGCAUCCGGGUUUUAAAGAAUGUUUCCAGGGCACUUUGUCUUUCAAAUCAGUCUGUUAUUCCUGCACCAUUUAAGGCACAGAUGGCCCGUACUCCUUCGCAGUGGAGAAUUGACCCCAGUGAAGGAGUUGUUCCUCCAGAGACGGAAAUAUCACUUACUCUUAUUGUUAAUUUGGAUGAUACCGUAUUGUUUCAGGAUAAAAUCAACCUGGCUAUAGAGAAGAGUAAUUCUUAUAUUAUUCCAGUCCAGGCCACCGGCAUUGGAACUACCAUUGUCACAGACAAGCCAUUUGCUCCUGCCAUCAAUCUGGGACCCCAUUUCAGUUUGGAUCCCUGCUGCUAUCGUUUCAAGAUCACCAACCGUGGGCGUCGCACCCAUCAGCUUUACUGGAUGACUGAAGGUUUUGCCCCAUUUCGUCAGCACAACACCCUCCCUGCCAUCAGCGCCAACACCAAGACCAUCCCCCCAAACACAGAACCUCAGGGUCCUGUGUUCAAGCUUCAGCCACUGAGAAUGGAACUGGCCCCAGGAAAGAGUAUGGACAUGGUCCUGGAAGGAUCUUCUGAUGUUCCCAAGCUGGUUAAAGAGAGAUUGCUCUGCCACGCGAUCAUAGGGAAACAGUCUGGAAAAGAACGUAUCAUGAAGGUUGAUGUCACCUGUGAAUUCAUCGCACCAGUUCUGCAGAUUUCCUCCAGAGCAGUUACUUUCCGUGUGGAGAAGAACCCCAGUGACAUUUUGACCGCGCAGUACAAGCCUCUAUCCUUGAAGAAUGUUUCCUCUUUGCCGCUCAGAGUUGUCCUUUCUUUGCAAGAGCCCUUUGCCCUCUGUGACGUAAAUCACAAAACGAUUCCAGCUCCUGAACAGCCUUUGAAGAUGGAUGUUGGAGAGAUACAUCAUCUUUCAGUCAGGUUUAACCCCGUCUAUAGAGAUGACCUGUGUAGUCGAGUAUUGGAAGAGGUUCUUGUUUUGCGUUACUUGGAGCAUCCUCAUGUGGACUACAUUGAUCUCCGGGGAGAAGUGCAUUUCCCAAACCUCCACUUCCAAACAAUGGAUCUCAAUUUUGGCUGCAUCUUGAACGACACAGAAGUUACCCGUGACAUCAAUAUGAGCAACCGCAGUCCCCUUCUAAUCAAAUAUCGCUGGUCCUUCCUGACAGAUGAUCGUGAGUCCUUUAUCAGAGAUCUUUCUGCCAGUGUGGGUAGAAAUAGCUGUGCAGUAGCUGAGGAAGAAGACGCUGGUCUCAGAAAAACAGCUGUAGAGAAAAACACCAGCUAUGCAAGUGGAGAAGAUGUUUCUGUUAAAGAACCUGUUAAAGAACUUAAGGAUGAUGCACAGAUUAUGCCUGAAAUACAGGUUUUUGACAUCCUGCCACUAUAUGGAACGUUGCAGCCAAGCGAGACCCAGCAAAUGUCAUUUACUUUCUAUGGCCACGCCAACAUUGUUGCUUGUGUCAAAGCACUUUGUGAAGUAGAGGGAGGUCCCACCUAUGAAAUUCUGCUGCGGGGUGAAGCCUCGCUUGUUCAAUAUGUGUUUGACCAAAAGGAAAUUGAUUAUGGGCUCCAGCCCUUUGACCACAUCUGUAUAGCUGAGAUCAUUCUGAAAAACACAGGAAAAGUUGGAUUUGAAUAUUCCAUACUUGACGCUAUCCAGGCCUCAGCUGACAACCCUCCCCCUGGUGUGCCACUGACUCUGCCUGCCACCAAUGAUAUUGGCUCAGGAAAGGAGCAAAUAUUGAAGGUCUAUUACUUGCCAGGAGUUCCAGAGGUCUUUCAGAGAACCUUCCAAAUACAGGUGGCUCACCUGGAACCAGAUAGGAUCACUCUGAAAGGACAGGGAGUUUUCCCUAGAAUUUGCUUGGAUCUGCCCAGAAAUAUUCACGGAAAUGAGCGGUACAGCAGCAUCCUCAGAGAAGUGAAGCAGCGACUAGAACAGGAAACACAGAAAGAUUUCAGCGGUAAUUCCGAAGCAUUGACCACAGAACCACCCAUGGAAGAAUCCUUGACCACGCUCAACACACAACUGCAGCUGGAGAUGGAAAGGCUACUUGUGCGAGAGCACGCUCUGGAGCAACAGAAGCUGCUGGCCUUGGCUUCAGUGGACGACCCAGCAGCCUGUCAGCGAGCUCGCCGGAAACUGGUCAAAGCCCAGCUACCUGAGUAUAUCUUAGAUUUUGGCUACAUAAUUAUGGGCACCAUCAGAACUCACAUCAUCAAGAUCACAAACACUGGCCACUUCCCCGUCUCCUUCCAUGCAGAUCGACGGGACCUGCGGGACACAGGUUUCAACACUGAACUGGAUCGGGUGAAGAAUCUGCCUUUCUGCGAGACAGAGACAUUUGAAAUAUGGUUUGACCCCCAGAGUGCCGGCUGUGCCCUUGGAGAGAAAGAAGUGCUAUUGCCCAUUAAGGUUGUGGCUGGUCCCACGUUCCACAUCUCUCUUCGGGCCACGGUGAUCAUGCCAUCUCUCUGCAUCUCCAGUGACAAUCUAGAGUUCUCUGCUGUCCAGUGUGGACAAUGUCAGGUGGAGACCAUCCAGCUUCACAACCAGCUGCAGGUGGUAUGCGAGUGGUUUGCCACAAGCAAUGAACAAAUGAAAAAGGUGGUUAAGCACAUGCCGAUGACCUUGCGCCGGAAAAUGUGUGAACACAAGGAGAAGCCCCAUGUCUUUGAGAUGAUUCCCCCGUAUGGGAUCCUGGCUCCCGGAGAGCGGCUCAAUGUGCAGGUCAAGUUUGCCCCAAGAGAAGAGAAAAUGUACCAGAAUGUCCUGAUCUUAAGCAUUUCGCAGAGCACUCAGCAACUGUUGCUGAAUGUCUCUGGGCAAGGUCUGGAGCCACGUCUUGAAUUCAGCCCCUCCCUCCUGGAACUGGGGCCUCUCCUUCCCUAUGGCAUUGGAGAUGAAGCCGAAGUGGUGGUGAAGAACCCCUGCAGCUUCCCUAUUGAGUUCUACUCCUUAGAAUUGGACCAGCAGUAUCUUCUAGAAGAGCGGAUUUUGCGGAUGCUGAAGGGCUACGAUAACCACCAUAUCCUUCUGUUGCCUCCUCGGAUGCCUGGAGAGAAGCUGCCUAUUGAGGUGCUGGAAUAUUUUGAGGAACAAAAGAAGAUUCAAGGCGACCAGGAAGGAUUGAAUCUGGAUAAUGAGGAAGAAGAAAGCACUCACUUUUCUGAACAUGGAAUGAAGCCUCACCCUUCGGUUGUGCAAGCAGCAGCCAUGGGGGCCUCUGCUCUUCCUUCUCUGUCACUCUUGGACAAUAAUCGGACGCUCCAAGCAGAAUCCAAAAUUGAUCAGGAGGAAGAAGAGGAAGAAGACGGAACCGAAAAAGGUCAAGUGCAAGGGAGUCAACAAAGCCUCAACAAGCAUAAGGAAACAGUUGGAGAGCUAGACAACAAUCCUGUUUCUAAAGCCAUUGCUCGCCAUCUUGGCAUUGAUAUCUCUCCAGAAGGACGUGCUGCCAGAAAUCGCAGGGGUAUUGCUAUUAUAAUUCACGGAGCUCCCCUUACAGGGAAGACCAGUGCUGCUGUAGUCCUGGCCAAACACUACAGUGCAGCCUGCUUGUCCAUUGAUUCGGUGGUCCUGGAAGCCAUCUCAGAUGGGAGCAGUUCAGCAGGGCUUCAUGCACGUGAACUUUGCAUCCGAGCUGCUAUUGAGCAGGCCCAGCGAGAGAACGAGGAUGGUGGCACAGAGGGGCAGCCGGCCCUCACUCUAGCCACCCGGCUGAGCACCGAGGCUUUGGCCAAGCACACCUCGAAUGGCAGCCAGCAAAGCUCCGAGUCCAAGACUGGGCCCCUCUCCAACGUCUCCCGGGGUUACCGAGGAAGCACCGCCACAGUGCCCUCCAGCCCUAUUCCCAGUGCCCCCCUCCAGCGACGCCUGAGUGUCAGUGCCAGUGGGGUUGGGGAUUAUGGUCUGAUGAGUUGUGUCCUUCCAGAUGAGCUAUUGGUGGAGAUUCUUUCGGAGAGGAUGCAGCUGAGUGAUUGCUAUCGUGGCAUGGUGUUCGAUGGGUUGGAAACUAUGUUUGCCCGCAGCAUGGUGUCAGCACUCCUCUGUCUGCUCAAAGCGAUCAACAACCGACGGUAUAUCUAUUUUGUGAACCUCUUCCAAGAUUUUGCUGCUAUGAAAGCUAGAGAGAUAAGCAAGCAAGAGCAGGAAGAACGGGAAGAGCAGGAAGCUGUUGCAAGAGAGAAGGCUCGUCUUCAGGAAAUGGAUGAAGAGGAAUAUGAUGCCCUUACUGAAGAACAGAAGAUCCAGUUUGACAAUGAGCUGCUGCAGGCCUUACGGGAGAGAAAAAGAAGGGAGCUGGAGAAGCUAGCUCGGGAACUGGAGGAAAAGAAGCAUCAACAAGAACUGGAGCGGCUGCGGGAGGAAGAGGAGGUGAAGAAGAAGUCCAAGCGAUAUAAGAGGGAUGGGGGGAAGGAGAAAGAAGAGGCAGCGGGGAAAAAAGGCCAGCAAGGAGGCAAGCAGAAUCCCACUAUAUCAGCUUACAAAUCGGAUGGGAAGCUGAAUGAAGGGCUAGAGCGAAAAGGUUCUGCCAAGGAGCGUCCAGAUGUGAGUGUCAAUGACAAAGAUGAGAAGAAAAAGAAGAGCAGAAUGGCCUUGCAGAAUGGGCAGCCAGGCACGGCACCCCCUGCCACCCAGGAAGAGGAGGAAGCAGAAAAGGACAUGAGCGAGAGUGAGAAGAACUUGGCCCAGCGGUUCAAGCUGUACGAGGCCAGCCAGAAGGAGAUCGCUCAGAUCCUGGUGUUCUGGGACAGGGCUCAGUUGGUUCAGCUGCAGCCACCAGGCUCGGAGGACAAGCAGGAGGAAGCUGAGGAUCAGCGCCAGGCUCCGUCUGGUCGCAAAGGCAGGAAGGACCGGGAAAGAGAGCGCCAGGAGAGGCUGGAGAAGGAGCGGGCAGAAAAGGAACGCUUGGAGAAGGAGAAGGCAGAGCGGGAACGCCUGGAAAAGCUCAAGGCCCUGGAGGACAGCAGAGCCGCCGGACUGGAGGGAGAAGGAGAAGGCAUGGAGAGGGACAUUGGCAUCCCCUCUCUGGAAAUCCAUGUGCUCAGUUCCGAGGAGUCCAGUGGCAAGCGGAUUCUGGAAAGUGGCAAGCUGCCCAGGGUCAUCCAGAUCUUGAAUGGUUUGGGGUUAGGCCCUUCAGGAGCGCCCAUCCCUCCCACAGCCUUUUUCUCAGUGAUCCCAUACCCUGAGAAGCGACCAGCACAAGUUGCCUCAGAAGUUCUCAAGCACUUCACCUUCAUUAUUCCUGAAGAACUGAAUCCAGAAGAAGACAAAAAGGAGGCCGAGAGUGGUGUGGAGACUCCAGCGAGUCUCCCUGUGGCGAAGGAGGAUCUGGCCACCCCCACUCGAGGAAGGUCCAGGAAGGAGAAACCCGAGGUCCCCCGCGAAGCCCCAAAGGAAAAAAAAGCUGCCCCUCGCAGCAGAAAAGGCAUCCAUCCCAGCCCUGGCACAAUGACGACCCUGUCUGAGCUUGAUCAGGGCAGCCCCACCGCAGAGGCCUCCAGUGAGAAGCUGCUCAGGUUGAACAGCUUUCGCUGGAUUGUUCCUGCUAAUGGGGAAGUUUCAAUGCGCAUCCAUUUCUCUUCCAUCAAAACAGGACUCUUUGAUCAGGUCCUAAAUUUUGAAAUCCUUGGAACUCGGAGACAGUAUCAGGUGUGCUGCAGGGGCACCUGCACGUACCCCAGCAUCUGCCAGGAUCCCACGAUAGUGUUCCCCCAUCGUAAAAAGACUAUCAAGACUGAUGAAAUUGUGUACAAGAAAUACAUCCUGAGCUUGGGUGUGUUCAACUUUGGUCCCUUGCUUUGUGGCAAGUCAAGAGAAAAGUACAAGGCUGCGCGGUAUCCCAAUCACUUUGAAAAGCUCACCAUUCUCAACAUCUCCCCUUUGGAGGUCGAAGUGCACUUCUUCUUCCAGCAUGACUCCAGGGCAGUCACCUACCUCUUGGACCCACCUAUGCUGAUGCUGAAGCCAAACCAGAAGGAAGUGCUGACCAUCUGGGCAUAUCCAACAGCGGCUGGUGUGUUUGAAGACAGCAUUGUCUGUUGUGUGAAAGAGAAUCCGGAGCCGGUCACCUUCCGGAUCUGCUGCCAGGGCGUUCGCCCAGAAGUGGAGCUGGACCGCCGACAGCUGCAUUUUGAGAAGUUGCUGCUGCACAGAAAGGAAACAAAAUCCCUUUACCUAAAGAACGUGACUCCACUGCCAGUCGCCUGGCGAAUCAGUGGCCUGGAGAACAUUGGCGACGACUUCUGCUUGUCUGACGACAUCGGCCUCAUCGAGCCCUUCUCUGAGCACUGCCUGCUGGUCAAUUUCAAGGCCACCAAGGCCCUCAAUAUCAAGAAGGCCAUCCGGCUGGAGGUUUCUGAUGCAGAAAAUAUUCUGGGGAUUGUUCAGAUUGAAAAUAUACAGAUUGUUGCUGAGGCCUAUGAUGUGGCCCUGGACAUCAGUUUCCCCAAAGGAACAAACGGUGGUUUGGAAUUUGGGAUUGUCAGAGUUAUGGACGAAGCUAAGCAGAUGUUAUCAAUGAAGAACAAAGGCAAAUACGAGAUUGCUUUCAGCUUGGCUAUUGAAUCCACAGAAUAUGGGAUGUCCAAUCUGGGUCAGCUGUUUACCAUCCAGCCCCAGAAGGGGAAUCUGAGUCCCAAUGACCGUCCUACGCAGGUCCAGAUUGUCUUUCAUUCGAAGAAGGAAGUGAAAAUUGAGGACAAGCCUGUUCUGCAGUGCCAUGUGAUUGAACCUUCCCUCUGUGAGGGGGGAGAGACCAUUGCCACCAUUCCCAUCCGGCUGUCAGUGCUGUCCUUAUUCAGCAAGUACAAUAUUGUCCCUCCAUCCGUCAUUAACUUCGGACCACUGAUGAACAGCACACGGAAGACCAGCAGCUUCACAAUCGAGAACAAAGGGGUCUUGGACUUUAAGUUCACCAUCUGCAAGCAAGUCCGUGAUGUUGUGAUUACAGCAAGGAAAGGAAACUCUAAUAUCAAAAGUUCCCGUUCUCGUGACACAGACCUCAGCCGGCAGAACGCUUUUAUGAGCACAGGCAGGCAAAGCAAGCACGCCGACUCUUUGCAGAAGGACAUGAACCUGAUAGGGCAGGCACGCUUCUCUCUCGGUAUGUUCACUGUGUCUCCGGGGUAUGGAAACAUUGCCGCAGGAGGCCAUCAGGUCAUCACGGUGGAUUGUUUUGCUGAGCCUGCUGGGAAGUGUGAAGAAUACCUGAUCGUUGAGAUCACAGACCGAGACCCUGAAGACAGUCCCGGAGGCAUCCUCUACACACUUGUUGCGGAGUCCUGCAUCCCAGGAUUUGUAACUGACAAUCCAGGGAUCAUUUUUGAGGAGCAUCGGAUCUGUAACAGUGGCAGCCUCAGCCAGGUGCUGAAGUCCAUAGGCUGCGAAGGUGUGUUUGUGACAGACGAGAACAAGUUUCUCUUUAACAAUGUCCUGGUUGGGCACCAGGCAACAGCCCGCUUCAAGAUCUGCAACACUGGCCGGAUCCCCUGUGAUGUUGUCAUGACCACAAAGCCCAUUUCUGCCAAGUCCACUGCCCGAAUCAGCGACACCUUUGAGCUCCAUCCUGUGCGCAUGUCCAUUGCCAGUCAUUCGAAUGCCUUUGCAACCCUGACCUUCUCACCACAGGCCAUGCAAAACCACCAGUGCAUUUUUGAGGCUUCAGUAGAUGCAGUGCCCAGUGUGGUUGCCAGAUCAAGAGUUCUGUCCUUUGAAGUCAGCGGAGAUGGCAGCCUUCCUCAGAUCACCAUUGUGCGCCCGGUUCUUCGCAAUAAAAAGGGGAAUCCACUCCUCCUCUUCAGAAAGCUCCUCUUAGGUCACACGGAGGUGCUCCCCCUUGUCCUUAAGAACAGCGGCAGCCUUUCAGUCCAGUUGUACCUGGAUAUGUCGGAUGAGAGUGGGGCAUUCACCCUGAGGCCCAGACCCACCACCGAGUGCAUUUACCUCUCUUCUCAGAACGAGGAGAGCGAGCCCAGCGAUGGAGUCCGAAAACCACACACGGCCUCCUUGGUGCUGCACAACGGGGAAUCAGCUGAGUUCGAUGUGAUUUUCCAGCCCGGCUUGGUCCAGCGGGUCGAAGGGCUGAUCCACCUCUCUAUUGUGGACAAUCAGUAUGAGGAAACCAGCAUCCAGAUGGUUGGGGAAGGCUACCAGGAUAAUGUCACGCUGGACAAUAUUCACAGCCCGGUGGCUGAGACCAAGACAGACGACAUUGAGGGGCAGCUGGAUGAGAACACAGGAGAGGCUGUGAGAAUGGACCACAUCCAAUUUGGAGACUGCCACAUUGGGAAGCUGUAUCAGGCCGCAUUCACAAUCACAAAUCACAGCAAGUUGGACGUGAUGAGAUUUGAAUGGCCUGCUGUGGGCCCCUGCCAGUUCUCCCCACAGGUUGGCCAUCUCCAUGCAAGAUGCACUAAAAACAUCACUCUGACUUUGAAGUCCAGCCUGCCCAUCACCCUCAGGGAGCAGCUCCUCAAGUGCAAGGUGUCCAGAAUUGCCUUUCAGUGCCCUGCUGACCAGGUCCCGGAUUGGGAUGGUCGCUUGCAUACUGUCAAAUGGGUGGAUGUGUCAAAAGGCAUCACAAGUAUACGUCCAACAAAAAAGAAGGUGAUAGAGACUGAUCCAGAACCUGCUCAUAUGACUGUGGAGGAGAGUAGCCAGGAACUGGUGCUUCGAGUGAGUGCCAACGUUGACUUUGCCCAGUAUAAAAUGGAGGCGGAUGCCGUGCACUUCAGAGACACGUUGCUCUUCCAAACAAGGGUGUUCACGGUGGAGCUGUCCAACACGGGGAAUGUGCAAUUGGAGUAUUCCUGGAAAGCAGUCAUGGAAGAAGUUGGGAAGGCUGUCAACUUUGCUACUGAACCUUUGUCAACCAGCCCAGAAGUGGUCACCCGCCCUCCAUUCUUCAUGGAGCCCAGCAGUGGGAUUAUCCCUCCUGGGAAAUAUCAGUCCCUCCAAGUGAAAUUUUCUCCCCAGGAAGUAGGAGAGUUUGAGGGUCGGCUACUCUGCAGUAUGCCUAAUUUGAAGCUAGAUGAGGAGGGCCCCGUUGUCACUGUGAAAGGGAAGAGUCUCCUGCCAUAUUGCCACUUUGAGCUGGAAGACUCUGAUUACAUCACUGCAAACAGGCGCAAUUCAGACUUGCGAGUACCAGGAGGGAUGAGUGUUGACCCACAAACGAAAGUGAUUGAAUUCACCUCUGUAGGAGUCCAUGUGAAGAACACCAGGACCUUUGCCAUCCUGAACCCCACCAACGCUGCCUACUCUUUCCAGUGGAGGUGUGAACAGCAGGAGGAGAGGAAGGCUGCCCCGGCUUUCGUCUGUUUCACCGAGCGGGGGCUCCUCCGGCCAGAGAAGAAGAUAGAGAUCAUAUUUGAAUUCAUUCCCAAGCAUCUGGAUGUUACUGAAUCCUUCUGGACCUUCACCAUUUCUGAACACAACAUCACUGUCCCUUUCCUCCUGGUGGGUCACACCACCGACCCGGCUGUCUCUUUCGAGAAAGUCCACUUGAAUCUCCACUCGCUUUUGAUUGGACAUGAAGCUCGGGAGUGCAUUGAUAUCCACAAUGAUGAGAACAAAGGCUACACUUUUGCUUUCCGAGACUCUUCCCGUUUUUCAGAGGGGCGAAUCAACUGCCUAAACAUGCAGCCCAUGGAAGGUGUGGUCCCGCCUCAUUCCAGAUUCCCAGUUCACAUCCACUUUACACCAACGCUGGAAGGGGAGGUGAAUUUUAAUCUCAUCUGUGAUGUUAAGAAGAAAAGCCAGCCGCUCUGUCUGAAUGUCAAAGCCACUGGCCACACCAUGAAUGUCUCUGUGAAGUGUGAAGAAAGCCACGGGGUGGUGACCGAGCUGAACCCUGAGCAUCCGAAGCAGAUCCACUUCCGUGAGAUGCAAGUCAAUGAUUACGCAGAGUGCAACUUCUCCAUCCUCAACACCGGCAAAUUCAACUUCAUCUUUUCCUGGGAGUUUUGCAACGCCAAGAAGUUCCGGCAGUAUUUUGCCCUCUCCCCAGAGAGUGGCACUGUGGAAGCUGGAGAACGGGUGGAGACCAUGGUCUCCUUUCACCCGCUGAGGGCCUUCACCUUAAAGGACAUCGAACUGAAGCUGCAGAUAAGCCAUGGCCCCACAUUUACAUGUGUGUUGCAAGGCUCAGUGUUGGCUCCCAGCAUCCAUUUCUCACCCCUCAGAGUGGACUUUGGCAACUGUUUUAUCUACCAAGCUGGGAUGCCCAUUUCCAAGAGAAUCUUGGUGGUCACUAACAAAGACAGCAGGAAAGCCAGUGUGGAGUGCUUGUUCACCAACACAGCCUACCUUGAGAUCGGUUUCCAUUCUGAAGCUCUGAGUCCCAGAGAAAAAGUGGAGAUUCCCAUCAGCUUCUAUCCCCGAGAAGCCAUUUCCUACCAUGAAAUCGUCUCCUUUGAAAUAAAUGGGAUCUUACAGCGUACUGUAGAGAUCUUUGGGAAGGGCAUUGAGAUGAAGGUAGAUGUUGUGGAGCCUCCCCAGAAAGUGCUGAAAUUUGGAGCUAUCCCUCCAGGGCACAUUGUGAAGAAGGGAGUCACAUUAGUGAACAACAGUGUUACCUUUGUCACAUUCAACCUAAGUUUUGUGGCCUCCGUCCCGGAGUUGCAGGAAGCCAAGGUGCUCACUAUGUCUCCCAGUGGGGAAAUUACCUUGAAGCCCCAGGGGGGCACCUGCCAUGUGGAGGUGACGUUCAGUCCGAAGAGCCGCAUCCUGCCCUUCUCCGAGGAGGUCCUGCUUGAAUGCCAGGGGGUCCUUCACGCCCUCUUCAUUGUGCAAGGCUGCUGCCAGGGCAUCGAAGUCCACCUGGACCAGGAUCACAUCCCUUUUGGAGCUGUGGUGCUGCGGAGCCAGGCUUCGCGGCGCAUCAUGAUGCGGAACUCUGGAGACCUCGGAGUGGGCUUCCGAUGGGAUGCCAAGCGCUUCAGACCAGACUUCUCCAUCAAACCAAUAGAAGGUUAUAUUUCUUCAGGAACAAGUGUUUCCUUCGAAGUGACCUUCCACCCCUGUGAGCAGAGUCAGGACAUCUGCUAUGAAAACCUCCCGUGUCACAUCCAAGGUGGAGAACCUGUGAGGCUCACGCUGAGUGGACUGUGUGUGAGCGUCCCGCCUGUCAAAGAGGUGGUAAAUUUCAUAUGCCAGGUGCGUGGAAAGCAGACACAGACCAUCAUGCUAUCCAACAAGACCAACCAACCGUGGAUGUUGCGGCCCAUUAUUGAGGGAGAGCAGUGGAAAGGGCCAGAGUACACCAGGGUGGAGGCCCACCAGCAGAACAAGCCCUAUGAAGUCACAUACAGGCCUCUGGCUAUGAAUGUAGAAAACAAGAAGGACCAGGGCUCCAUCUUCUUCCCCCUCCCAGAUGGAACAGGGCUGCUUUACCUCCUGCAAGGCACUGCUGAGCCUCCCAAGUCAGCUGGGAAUAUCAUGAGGGAAAUUCCGUGCAAAACAUCCUACACGGAACUGCUUCCCAUCACCAACUGGUUGAGCAAGCUGCAAAGGUUUCGGGUAAUGGUUGACAUGAUAAAGCCGGAAAAACUGGAAGUCACAACCACCCUGAAAACUCUGGACUACAUUGAAGUGCCAGCUUCCACCAAGAAGGAUCACAAGCUCACCUUCUUCUCUUACAAAGAGGGCAUGUACACCGCCAAGAUCACCUUCCGCAAUGAGGCCACCCAGGAAUUCUUAUUCUACCUGAUCACAUUUAAGGCCACCCCAUGUGGCCCACUAGGCACCCUUGAGUUGACCACAGCUGUCCGGCAAAGCACCUCCUCCUCAGUCAAGGUGGAAAAUCCGCUACACUACCAGGUGUCCUUCAGUACGGACUGCAAGGUGCCAGACAUCAACCUGCCUCCUCAGUUCAUGGUCCCUGCUCAGUCUGAGGGAACGCUCGUCUUCGAAUUCCUGCCAACGAGGCCUGGGGAGACCAGUGGCCGCCUGGCCCUCAACAGCAGCGAUCUGGGCUCUUUCCAGUACGAUCUGAUCCUAAAGGCCACGCCGGCCCGCCCGGAGAAGCCCCUCUGCUUCUCGGCCAUGCUGGGCAGCAGCCAGACUUUGGUGGCCAAGUUCGUCAACUACACCCGCCAGAAGACGGAGUACUCCAGCAAGAUCGACAGCCCGGACUUCCAAGCCGAGAAGGUCAUCAGCGCGCCCGCGGGCGCCCAGACGGGUACCGAGGUGGGCGUGGAGGUGACCUUCGAGCCGUGCCAGCUGGGCGAGGCCCGGGGGACCCUCCUGCUCUCCUCGGCGGCGGGCGGCGACUACUCGAUCCCGCUGCGGGGCACGGCGCUGCCCCCCCGGCCGCAGGGCCCCGUGCAGAUCCGCCUGGGCGGCAGCGUGGCGCUGCCUUUCAAGAACGUCUUCCUGCAGCCGGCCGCCUUCAGCUACGCCGUGGACAGCGCCGCCUUCUCGGUGCGCGCCGCCGAGACCAUCCGCCCCAAAAAGACCGCCACCAUCUCCGUGGCCUUCGAGGGCGCCGGCGGCGGGAGCAGGGCGCCGGUCACCGGCAAGCUGGUGGUCUCCUGCCCGCGCGCCGCCGGACUGGGCUCGCCCGUCAGCUGGGUCUACUACCUGAGGGGGAUCCCGCCGGAGAAGUAA